GUAAAUGGUGUGAUUGAUGACACUGCGCGAGUGUAUUAAAUUGUGAUGGGAAUAAUCUGGUAGCACUUGAUACUCUUAGUAGUGCUGAUUUAAUUGUUAUAAUGAUUUCACGAGGAUUAAGCUUAUUAAAAAUUGUACAUAGAAGUAAUCAAAGUAAAGCCGCUGCAAAUCUGCGCUCCGUUAGACUAUCUCAUAGUGGUCAUAUAUAUCGUAAUAUCGGAAUGGCAGAAGAGAAAAAAUGGGUAUAUGCAGCUGAAUUUUUUGGAGGCAUUAUGUGGUGGUGGAUAUUGUGGCAUUUUUGGCACGAUUUUGGCCACAUUAUAGGAGAGUUUCCAUAUUCAGAUCCAUCUAAGUGGACAGACGAAGAAUUAGGUAUACCGCCAGAUGAUUACCCUGAGCCUGCGAUUCGCAUAUUAUAGAUUUGCGAUAGUGUUAUGUAAAGCAAUAGCUGCACCAGCAGUUGGACCGUAACCUGGAAUGACAUUUAUGACACCCGCUGGAAACCCUGCCUCUUUGGCUAGAGCAGCUGCAUAAAGCGCAGUCAAAGGUGUUUGCUCGGCUGGCUUUAAGAUCAGUGUACAUCCAGUAGCCAAGGCAGGGGCCCAUUUCCAAGCCAACAUCAUGAAAGGAUAAUUCCAAGGAAUGAUUUGUCCUACAAUGCCGACUGGCUCUUUUCGUGUCAAUGUAACACUAUUAUCGCCUAGUCAAAUAAUAAAUAAAAUUAUUUGCUAUCA